AGCGCGCGCGGCGGCGGCGGCGGCGGAGGGCGCGGGAGGCCGCGGAGCCGCGAUCGCCGCCAUUUAAGGAGCGCGGAACCGGGAAUCCCGGCAGUGGCGGCCGCAGCCGACCCGGCGAGACUGCGGGCAACGGAGGCGGCGCGGCGCGGCGCCGGAAGAGGCGGGGCCGCGGAGCCAGCCGGUGACGGGAGCGAGCCAGGCUGACUUUGGCUGCUGGACGUGGUGGCCUGACGUGGCCGGCAGCUGCCCCUGCCCAGCCUCACCAUGGACCAGGACUAUGAGCGGCGCCUCCUUCGGCAGAUUGUCAUCCAGAACGAGAACACGAUGCCAUGUGUCUCAGAGAUGCGACGGACCUUGACACCUACCAACUCCCCCGUGUCCUCCCCCAGCAAGCACGGGGACCGCUUCAUCCCCUCCAGAGCGGGCGCCAACUGGAGCGUCAACUUCCACAGGAUCAAUGAAAAUGAGAAGUCUCCCAGCCAGAACCGCAAAGCCAAGGACGCCACCUCGGACAAUGGCAAAGAUGGCCUGGCCUACUCCGCCCUGCUGAAGAAUGAGCUGCUAGGGGCCGGCAUUGAGAAGGUGCAGGACCCGCAGACGGAGGACCGCAGGCUGCAGCCUUCCACGCCCGAGAAGAAGGGCCUGUUCACGUAUUCCCUCAGUACCAAGCGCUCGAGCCCGGAUGACGGAAAUGAUGUGUCUCCCUACUCCCUGUCGCCAGUCAGUAACAAAAGCCAGAAGUUACUGCGAUCGCCACGGAAACCCACCCGCAAGAUCUCCAAGAUCCCCUUCAAGGUUCUGGAUGCACCCGAGUUGCAGGACGACUUCUACCUGAACCUGGUGGACUGGUCAUCUCUCAAUGUGCUCAGUGUGGGGCUGGGCACCUGCGUGUACCUGUGGAGCGCCUGCACCAGCCAGGUGACCCGACUCUGUGACCUCUCUGUGGAAGGGGACUCGGUGACUUCCGUGGGCUGGUCUGAACGGGGGAACCUGGUGGCCGUCGGCACACACAAGGGCUUUGUACAGAUCUGGGAUGCAGCCGCGGGAAAGAAGCUCUCCAUGCUAGAAGGCCACACGGCCCGAGUCGGAGCGCUGGCCUGGAAUGCCGAUCAGCUCUCAUCUGGAAGCCGGGAUCGCAUGAUCCUGCAAAGGGACAUUCGCACCCCGCCCCUGCAGUCGGAGCGGCGGCUGCAGGGCCACCGGCAGGAGGUGUGCGGGCUCAAGUGGUCCACAGACCACCAGCUCCUUGCCUCAGGAGGCAAUGACAACAAGCUGCUGGUCUGGAACCACUCGAGUCUGAGUCCCGUGCAGCAGUACACAGAGCACCUGGCAGCCGUGAAAGCCAUAGCCUGGUCCCCGCAUCAGCACGGGCUGCUGGCAUCCGGCGGCGGCACGGCCGACCGCUGCAUCCGCUUCUGGAACACGCUCACGGGGCAGCCACUGCAGUGCAUUGACACAGGCUCCCAGGUGUGCAACCUGGCCUGGUCCAAGCACGCCAAUGAGCUGGUUAGCACACACGGCUACUCACAGAACCAGAUCCUGGUCUGGAAGUACCCGUCCCUGACCCAGGUGGCCAAGCUGACCGGGCACUCCUACCGAGUUCUGUACCUGGCCAUGUCCCCUGAUGGAGAGGCCAUCGUCACUGGUGCUGGAGACGAAACCCUGAGGUUCUGGAAUGUCUUUAGCAAAACUCGUUCGACAAAGGUAAAGUGGGAAUCUGUGUCUGUCCUCAACCUCUUCACCAGGAUCCGGUAAACCACGGCCCAGCCAUCAGGGCAGAGGAGCACCACCUGUCAUCACGUGCAUGACCCUCCCUCCUGCACAUGUUCCCAGAGGAAGCAGUCGGGGCGGGCGGGAGCCGGGCCCAGAGACCCUGAAGAUUCUCAUUAAAGCCUCAUUGCGAACCCUGUCAGCGGUGUUUGGGGGGAUGUGGUUGGGCACCACCAGGCAUGUGGGGUUCCGGCUCCCUUCACACGAGGUGACCCAGGCCCCGGCUUUGACCGUCUACACUCGGAUGGGGAUGGACGCCUCCCUGGACCCCACCUGCUUCCCUUUGUGUCCAUCGUCACUUUGUUGAGGUGCAUGCUCUCCCCAGAAGCAUGGGUUCACCGGUACUACCACUGCCCACGUCUGCGACGGGAGGAACAGCUGGAUGCAAGGGGAGGGCCCCGCAGCAGGACGUUCAGGUCAGCCCGUGGAUCCACAGGACACUCCCGAUAGGUCUCUUUGCGGCCACCUCUGCUGUCCCUCCGCUGGCAGCUAUCCCAGUGACUGCUAGGGCCAGGCAUCAGGAGCAGGCCCAGCAGGCUGUGCACCAGAGGAGGUCAUCUCGAGAUGGACUUGUUCCUGGAAAACUGAAGUUGGGCCCACUUGUCAGCACGGGCUUGCCCUGACCUGCACUGCUCUUGUCACCGAUGGGGACAGCUGACUCUGGCAGCAGCGGGACGCGGUUCCUGUGGCUGCUGGGUGCACAGAUCUAGGCGGCCUCAGGGUGCCUCACCCUCCUCCCAGGUUCCUUCCCCAUGUGUCCUGUCCAACCAUGCCUGCGACCCCCGGAAGCCAGAGAGGAGAGAGGGGAGGGGCAGCCACUGGUUCCCGGAAGCUUUCCAGGGGCCCUCCGACCCUGCUCCCACCCUGUUGUCCUCUGGCCACGCUGGGUACACCUCUCUUCCAGACCCGGAGAGAUUGGAGCGGGUGAACCAGGUGUGGUAGAGGCAGAGCAGGCCUGGGGGGGAUGGAGGUCACUCUGGCUCUGCUUCUAGGUGCCCCUCAGUUAGUGCUCCCCCCGCAGCCGGCCCUGUGUGUGCAUGUGUAUAUAUGUAUUUGUGACUUUUCUUUGGAUUGUUUUGUGUUUUAUGGAUGGUUCCAGAAAUGUGUAAGGCUAAUUGGAGAAGGGCUUGGCCCACCCCACCACGCCUGGGGUGACAGGAAUCGCAGCUUUUAAAGCCUUCAUUUAGGAGGGGUGAUCAGCUGAACCUGCUUGGAUUCGGGGAAGGGUGGGACCCUGCCCCAUCCCAGCAUUUGUGUGCCAUAGCCUCAAGCAAGGACAGUGUACAUAGAUGUGUGUGCUUCGAUUGGUCAUCAUGUUAUUUUUGCUUGAGUCUUUUUUAAAUAACAGUUCUACCCUACCACAUCCUCACCCUGUGUAGCUGCCGAAGAGCCCAGGAGCUGGCUCUGUGUGUAGGACCCACGCCUGGGAGUUGAGACAACAGAGGAAUGUGUGUUCCCCGGCCUGCGGGUCUGGGGGGCUGCACAGGGAGCCUGUGUCUCAUCUAAUGUGGUCUCGCUGUCGUUGUGCCAGGUAUGGGCUAGGGCCGGCUGUCCAGCUGGCUGGGCCGGCUGACAGCUGCACCAGGCCCCAGACAGCCUGGACGUCACAAACAGGUGGUGAGCCACCUGCCUGGGUGAACUGUCUUUGAGGGAUGCCUGUGUCCCUGAUUUCAUGACCUCGUGGGGAUAUGGGUAACAUGCAUCCACACCCUCCUUGCAGCUGGCCUGGGUGGUGGUCCCCACAUGCAGUGAGAUGGGGGCAGGGCAGGGAGGGCUUAUGGGGGCUGCAAGCUGCACAGAAGUUCUCAGGCAGAGCAGGUGCUUCCACCUCCACCUGACAGGACUGAAAGCAGGGGGGCAUGGUCUGUCAGGCAUCCUUCUAUGUGGCUUUUUUGGGAGAGGGAAAGGGGAGUUGAGGGUGAGGCAGAGGCCAGUGCGGCAGUGAGGCCCUGAGAGCCCAGGUGGAGACGGGACUGGCAGCUGCGUGCUGGGGAGCAGGCGGGCCUUUCCCUCCAGGGGAGAUCCUGACCUCGGCAGCAGGGACAACAGGACAGAUCAGAUCCCAGACCUGCCCUCAUGGGCUUCUGUCAGUGGAGAGGGGUGUGUGCUGUGAUGAAGAAGGAGGCUUAGGAAAGGACAGCUUCGGGUCCAGGACUUGCUACAAGCUCAUGUGUGAGCAAGCGUUGGAAGAAGAGCAGACCACCUCUGGGCAGACUCCGCUGUGGAAGGGGAGUUCCCGGAGUGCUGGAGAACAGUGAGGAGGCCCUUUGGUCCAGCGGAGUGAGCAAGUGGAUGGAGAAGGGGGUGAAGUGGGGGCAAGGAGGGGCCAGGGCAGGCCUUGCAGGGCCUCAUGGGUGGGCUGUGGGCAGGACCUGGGUCUUCACCCUGAGGGAGCCCUUGUACUGAGCUGAGAGGGAAAAACACAUGUUGUGUGGAGGCUUGACCACUGGUGCAGGGGCACAGGGGGGCCACAGAGGCUGUGACUGGCCCGGACCAGGUGGAGGUGAAAAGAGGGUAGAUCGUGGGAUUUAUUACUUUUUAAUUGUGGUAAAAUAUGCAUAACUUAAUGUUUACCUUCUUCAGCUGAACAUUCCGUGGCAUUUGGUGUAUUCACAGUUUGUGCAAACAGCACCUCUAAUUCCAGAACAUUUCCAUCACCUUCCCAAAAACCACACCUCCACUAAGUCACUUUCCACCCCCAGCAACCAGGAGCCCACCUUCUGUCUUGGAUGUGCCUGUCCUGGACGUUUCACAUAAACGGAAUCACACGCU